CUUGUUCAACUCUUACUCUGCGGGCCUUGAUCAUCCUCUGCCCUCCUUGAUUAUCUUCUGCCCUCCUAGUCUCUCGCGCCUGCAGGUCUCGAGACCCACAUAUAUCCAACGCUCCGAAUAGCUCAGCGUUACUGCCAGGAAGCAACAAACCGAAUGCCACCUGCACGCACCACGGCUUCGCCCGCUCGGAAGUCCUCGAAUAUGAGCACAACGAAGAAGCAGGGGCCCAGCCUGUCUCAGUCACACCGUUCAGAAAUGGAGUCAGAUAUAGACCAGAAUGAGGAGGCGACCAGUGCAAGUGACGACGGCUCGGAUGAUGGAAAAGCCAAACGGAACCGGAAGACGGGAAAGCAGAAGGGCACGGAAGUAAUGUCAGGGAAGAAGGAUUCCUCCUCGAGGAAGAAGAAGAAUGUCACGUAUUACGAGAAACAAGAUGAGGACGAAGAUGAAACUGAGCUGGACAGUGAUGCGCUUGACGAGGAUUCAGAUGGCCCAUCAAGGAAGCGGAAGCGAGCGUCGAAGUCAUUGGUUAACAAACGCUCUCCUAAGUCUCAGAAGGCCUCACCGAGGAAGCGGAGGAUGAAGGCGAGACAUGAGAGUGAAGAUGAGGAAGAUGGACUGGAUCUGAAGGAAGGGCAAGAGGUGGUCGGCGUGGUAGUGAAAGCUCCAAAAACUGGACGAGUGCCUCCUGGCCAAAUAUCCACAAACACGCUAAAUUUCCUCGCUCAGCUCCAGAAGCCAGAGUGCAAUGAUCGGGAAUGGUACCCUGUCUAUCGCCUCGCAGAGAAAGAGUGGAAGGAUUUCGUCGACGAGUUCACGCCAUUACUCAUCGAAGUUGAUCCACAGAUACCUCAUCUCCCGCCGAAGGAUGUCAUUCAUCGCAUCUAUCGCGAUAUCCGAUUUAGCAACGACAAGACACCGUACAAGACAGGACUGACUGCAAGUUUCUCGAGGAGCGGGAGGAAAGGCAUCUUUGCGGGCUUUGAACCAGGAGGCGAAAGCCUGAUCGCUGCUGGGACGUGGUGUCCAGGCAAAAACGAACUGGCUACUAUAAGGAGCAACAUUCUGCGCUCAUCAACACGCCUUCGCAGCCUAAUCUCCUCGCCUGAGUUCGUUCGCUACUUCGGCGAGCCUCGGCCGCAUCCGCGAGGAGAGAGGCAAAACAUUUUUGGGAUGCAGGACGAGCUGAAGGUCGCACCGAAGGGAAUUGAGAAAACGCACAAGGACAUCGAUCUGCUGAAGUGUCGGUCCUUUGCUGUUAUAUAUCGAUUCAUGGAUAGCGAGGUUCUCGAGCCAGACUUCAAGGAGACGCUUUGCAAGGUUAUCAAGAUCGUCCAGCCGUUCGUGCAUUGUUUGAACGAUAUGAUGACCAUACAAGAUGCAGAUGAUUCGCAAUCUGGCGAAGGAGGCGGAUCUAGCAGCGAGGACGACUGAGAAGUCGUUGUGAGUCCCUUGUUGAGGCCGUGUCCAUUUAGCUAUUAUGCGUGGGGUUUCAUGGUUGUCUUGCAUACUUGUUGUUGCAUGUAAUAUCGUCUGUUGUAACAUACGUACCUAUCUGGCGUUGAGCUUCUAGGCUGUACAAUGUGUCGUCUUGCGAUGUUGCGAAGAGCGGCCGAUUCACGUAGCGGAUUGAAUCAAAGUCCCGCAGCUACUC